AUGGAGACAAUCGUGCUCUUGGAAGCAGUUCUCCAUGACUACUGUCCCCGCACCACGGUGAUGAAUCCGUUCAAGCCAACGGAGAAACGCUGGCUGUCUGCUCUUCGUCCCGCGAAAGCCGCUCCACCACGUGAGGUCGUCGGCAAAGUUCAGCUUGUUCGACGGAAGACCCCCUCAUCAACAGGCGAAACAAAAUCAAUGCAUUCGACGUAUUGGCUGCACUUUGAGGACGUGAGGAUCCGAAAUGACCGUGACUUACCGCUUUACAUGGAGGCUAGCGCACAACCUGUUCUGCUUGACCGUGGACCUGAAGGUCAGUGGAAAGGGUCGCACAUGCCCUGCAUUUUCGAGCAGGAACUGCUUGUCUUCGAUCCAAUGGUGUUCGCAAGCGUUGCUAUCGGAAAACCAGCAGCUGCGAAGCCGCCUACAGCACAGGUGCUUGUGUUCGCGUAUGGAGCCUUUGAGACAUACGUGCCUCCGACGAAAUCUGCAGAACAGAUUGCACUCGAGAUGGAAGCGCUUUCCAAUCGAUUCCUGCAAACUGUCAUGGAGGUGGAACAGGACGAACUGCAAGGCGACAAUGAUUUAUCGUUAGACGUACUGCAGCGGAAUGCACGUCAGCUCUUUCGCAUGUUUGAUCAGGACAAGUCUGACUCGAUCGACUUUGAAGAGUACAAGCAAAUGCUGGCGUACAUGAAGGUAAACCUUUUGGAGUCCAAAGCUAAACGCUUCUUCCAGCUGGUGGAUGACCAAAACAAAGGAUACAUCGAUGAACGAGAGUUCGUGAUCGCGAUGUAUGUCACCAACUACUUGCGCGCUCAUCAGAAGAAACAGAAACAAGAGAGUAGCAAGGCUACUGAUCCUACGCAAAAUUUAUCACCGACCGACGUAUUCCACCAAUUGGACGGUGACCGGGAUGGGCUGCUGAACGCGUUUGAGUACGAAAAAUCAUUGGAGCUACUUGGUGUACCUAUCACUUCCAAGCGUGAUCGAAAAAGAGCACGCGCUAAGCUCACGAAGUCCUCGCUCAUUUCGCUGGAAGAGUUUAAGCGCGCGUGGGUGGAGUUAGUUGACAAAAGCAAGAAACUUAUGGAGCAAAUGCGAAAUGCUCUGCUGGAUGAAAUCCGCCGUGAAGAGCAGGAAGAGCUGAAUGCCGCUCUGAAAACAAAAGAGGAAGUUGUUCGUCUAGAGAAGGAGCGCCGAGCUAUUGAGCAGGAGGAAUCGAGGCGAUUAUCCCAGCAACAGCGCCAUGCCGCCACGUCAACCAGAACGAAGGAGGCACUCCGCGAACGGCAGGACAAAAUCAACCGCAAGAAAGAGCGCAUGAUCAAAGAUCGACAAGCUCGGGAAGAGAGACGAUUACUUGACCGUGCUGAAGAUGAGGCUGAAAAACGCGUUAUUCAUGAACGUGAGGUCGUACAAGAACUGAUGAUGUCGAAAAUGGAGCGCAUCAUUCGUCGCAAAGCAGGUUGCGGUGAUGACGUUGUGGACAUGCGUGGUCGCGGGCUAAAAAAUCUUCCCUAUGACUUGUAUCAUGGUCGGGAUGCGCUUGCAUCCCUGUCAAGUUUACUCAUCCUGGAUAUAUCUCGCAACCAACUUCAGGACCUCCCAGGUGCCAUCUUCACGCAUUUGUUCUCGCUACAAUCGCUGGAUAUCAGUAACAAUGAGUUAAAGGGGAUCCCCGAAGAAAUCGGUGAAGCGCGUGAUUUACAGCUGCUUGACGCUCGCAGCAAUAGAUUGAUCACCACCCCUGCAGCUCUAACAAAUCUUCACGAGCUACGCGUACUCCACUUAGCCUACAAUUGCUUGGUAAAGUUUGGUGACAAUUGCAAUGGUCUGCAUUCGCUUGAAGAACUCAAUCUGGCUAGCAAUGCGCUGGAAGUUCUAGCUGAUGGAAUUGGAGAUUCAUUGGUGAAGCUUGCGCGACUCAACCUGCGUGGCAAUCCUUCUCUCAAGCGACUACCAAAUAGCUUACAGCAACUACACAACCUGAGCAUUUGGGACCUCAGUGUCUGCGACCAGAAACGGCUGGGUAAAGAUGUCUUCGGUGCGCAGCUUAAGAAUCUUCGCAGCCUCAACUUGUCGUUUAAUGCUCUCUCCACUUUACCCGACGGGAUUGGAGCUGUUACCAAUCUGCAAGAGCUCAAUUUCAAGUCCAACGCACUUGGAUCACUACCCGCAGCACUGAACAAUCUCUCGGAGAUUGUCGAAUUGAACGGUGAAAACAACGCGCUCCAAUGGCUUCCAACAGGGUGCGGCGAAAAAUGGGGAUUGAUGGAAGUGCUGCGGUUGUCACACAAUCGACUUAGUGCCUUACCUGUCACGCUUGGACUGAUGCAUUCUUUGCGCACACUGCAACUCUCGAACAACCGUAUUACCGCUCUUCCUCUGGAGCUGGGCGCAUUAAUUCAUCUUCGCGAGCUGGAUGUGUCAUGGAAUCAGCUUACGAGUAUUCCAGACGAGCUCGGGUGCCUCGAGUCCCUAACGACAAUUGAUCUAUCGCACAAUCGACUCGCGAAAUUCCCCAUAACGAUCGCAAUGUUAACAAGCUUAAAGCGACUGCGUUGCUCGCAUAAUGCUCUAGUAACUCCAUUGGAUUCCGGUCUUGGUGCACUGAAGUCCCUCCGCUACGUGGAUUUGGCUGCGAAUCAACUCACGGAACUUGAGCCAUGUCUCUACGAGCUACCACAAGUGGAGGUGCUGAAUUUGCAUGGCAACAGGAUAUCAAUGCUGCCUCGUGAAAUGGCGCAGCAUUGUGGUGCUCUUCGGAAACUUGAUCUGUACAGCAAUAAUUUGCGUGCUCUCCCCUUGGAACUUGCUAGCGGUCUGCUCACGCAGCUAGAGGUACUGGAAAUUGGUCGCAAUCCUCUGACGCUUUUUCCUGAAAAGACCAGUAGCUCUUGGGAGUUGAAAGAUCAGUAUCAAACGAGCUUUGCAAAUGGAUACACACCAGCGGAGACGAAGGCGUGGGUUGUUGAUCGAAAGGUCUGCUAUCCGGUGUUUGUACGAGUGUGGGAGGAGCUAAUGGCCGAACAACAAAGGUACGAGCGACUUGCUCGUCACUAUUUCUACGAGUUCAAGCACGUCGGCCAUGUAAUCGUAUUCGAUGCAUCGACUCAGCGACAGGUUGGGGAAGUAAAUUACGAUAUCGAGACACGAUUGCAGCGCCAGCGCUUGGGGCGCGCAGAAUCUGCCAUCCAGGAGAGCAAUGAUUUCCGAGCUCAAUUAGCAGCCGUGUACCGUGCUGACAGCGACGUGCUGGUGCCCGCUACCGAGCAAGGUCAUCAUCGGCGCGCUCGACACGAAAAAAAGCUACUUGAACGUGCUCGGCGUGACGCACAAACAAUCAACGCAGGUGUCAAGGGCCAAGUUGAAGCCGCACAACGAAGGCACGAGGAGGCUAAACGGCUUGAACGUGCCAAGUUUGCCGAUGAAAUGAAGCGCCUCGCACGCGAACGCUUGCAACUCAAGCAGCAAAGGAAAUCUCAAGUCAACAAUGGUAGGAAGAUCGCAGUAGCAAUAGAGAAGGAAGGCGGAAGUGAUGCACCAGAACGUGAGCAGUGA